AUGCCACAACUGAAAGUUCUCAUCUGCGGUGCAGGCAUCGCAGGCAACGCCCUCGCAUUCUGGCUCUCAAAGCUCGGCCACGAAAUCACCGUCAUCGAGAGAUUCCCGAAAAUACGCGCGAGUGGGCUACAGGUAGACCUCCGUGGACCGGGCAUUCAAGUGAUGCGACGGAUGGGCCUGGAGGAAGCCUUCCGUGCGCGGUCCGUCUCGGAGCAAGGCCUACAGGUCGUUGAUCGCAAUGGUAGAAGAUGGGGAUACUUCCCCGCUAACCGGUCCGGGAAAGGGUUACAGAGCUUCACUACCGACUUUGAGAUCAUGAGAGGCGAUCUGUGUCAGCUUCUGUAUGAUUUGACCAUGCACCGUGUCAAGUAUCGAUUCGGGAUGUGGGUGAAGGAGAUCAGGCAGGUGGAUGAGUACGCCGAGGUCCUUCUUUCUGAUGGGAGCAGGGAGCAAUUCGAUCUUGUUGUAGGGGCAGAUGGAUCUGGAUCUUAUACUCGGAAGAUGAUACUGGGUGACAACGCCAAAGACCCAGUUCAUCCGCUCGGGGUAUAUGCUGGGUAUUUUACCAUCCAAAGCCCUAUUCAGCCGGGCGAGGGGUACAAUGCGACUGCAUUUUUUGCUCCAGGCAACAAAGGCAUUAUGACUCGUCGUGCCGAUCCUGACAAGUACCAGGCAUAUAUGGUCUGUAGCCAGAAUUCCUCUGAGCGACUGAAAAACGCGAGCAAAGGCGAUAUCGAAGACGAAAAGAAAGGGCUGGCAGAGGCUUACUACGGAAUUGGGUGGAAGACAGACGAGAUCCUCAACGGCCUGGCUGAUGCAGACGACUUCUACUGUGAGCGCAUGGGAGUUGUCCAGAUGGACUAUUGGUCCCAGGGCCGCAUUGUACUGGUUGGCGAUGCAGCCUACUGCCCGACCGCUAUGACGGGCAUGGGUACCACCUGUGCCAUGACAGGCGCCUAUAUGCUAGCUGGCGAAAUCGGAAAGCACUGUGGCAAGGGACUCACAGGGGGGAUGCCGGCUUCCAAGAAGAGCAUCACGGUUGCUCUGGCUGGGUACGAAGAACAGCUUAGACCGUUGAUCGAUACAAUUCAAGCUGGGUUGACGGACAGUGAAAAUUACAUGGAUAAGUUCCCAUCGUCCCCUAUCGGCGUUCAGAUGGUGUAUCUCCUCUUUUGGAUUGCCUCUCUGCUGAGACUCGACUUUCUUGCCAAGUGGUUGUUGCGGGAAGAUACGAAGGGUUGGAAACUUCCAGAGUACCAGGGGAUAAUGGAUUGCGCCUCCGGUUGA